CGCGCGGAUGCGCGUGUUGGCGGUGGAGUCGUUAAGUAUCUUGGAAAGCCGUGGCAAAAACUCGUUACAAAAAUCAAGUCGACCAAUCAACCUUCAAUAGCUGUCGAAGCCAAUCACCACCGCACCGCCAUGGCUGCCGGCACGCCGUCCCGCCUGGCCCUGAAGCAGACCCCGCUCGACACGUGGUCGACGCGCGAGCACCUGGCGCUGGCGUCUGCCGUGCUGCGCAGCGGCGACCAGAACUGGGUGUCGGUGAGCCGCGCCAUGCGUGGCUUCGCCGACGCCGGCCGUCCAUCCGACUGGCUCUCGCAGAAGAACUGCGCGCAGCAGUACGCGCGCCUCCUCGAGCUGGUGGACGCGCCCAAGCGGAAGCGCGAGCGCGGCGAGCCGAACGAGACGCCGGGGGAGCACAUCGUGCGGCGGCUGCGCCAGGACCGGACCGAAGAACUGCGCCGCCUGGUUGCCGAGAAACGGGCCGCCUACCUGGCGCUCAAGCAGCAGAUCAGCCAGCUGCGCUCUGGCCAGCUGGACUCACAGCUGGACGACAUCCAGCGCCAGAUCCAGGCCGAGAAGGAGGCGGCUGCACUGGAGGAGGAGCGCCGCCGCCAGCGGUUGGCCGAGCGCGAGGCGCAGAAGGUGGCCGUGCAGCAAGCGCUGCGAGCGCAGGUGACCAAGGCGCCCCCGCCGAAGCGGCGCAAGCUGACGCCAGAGCGGCGCGAUAGCAGCCUCUCCGAGGCCGGCUCGGCGUCCGAGCCCGAGUUCGCAGAAGACAGCGCCGCCUCGGACGCGGUGGCGGCCGAGGCCAGCGGCGACGAGGCGAGCAGGGAGGGCGCCGACUCACGCCCGGCGCCCUCUUGCCCGCUGCUCACCUCGCUGCUCCGCUCGCCCUCGGCGUCCUCCGCCGGCUCGCCCACGCUCUCACGGCUGCUGGAGCUGCCGCCGGCCGCGCCGGGCUAUCCGCUGCCACGGCUCAACCUGUUCCCCGACCAGGCGGCCCGCGACGGCGAAGCGACCGCGGCGGAGAAACCGGCCGCAGAGAAGGCCGAGUCCGUGCCCAACAGCCCAGCGUCGGCUGUGCUCAGCGGCGACGACGCCGAAGAGCGACGCGACUAUCGGAUCUGGAAGAAGUCGAUCCUAAUCCUGUGGCGCGAGUUCACGGCGCAUCGGCACGCCUCGAUGUUCGCGCGGCCCAUCACCAACGACCAGGCGACCAACUACCGCGAGAUCGUGAAACACCCCAUGGACCUGGCGCAGAUGAAGCGCAACGUGGAGGCCGGCACGGUGAACACGACGCUGCAGUUCCAGCGCGAUCUGAUGCUGAUGUUCUGCAACGCCAUGAUGUUCAACUCCAGCGACCACGAGGUGCACCGGUUCGCGCGCGAGAUGCAGGCCGAGUGCGUGGAGAAGAUCCAGAUGCUGCUGCUGGCCGACAAGCAGACGAGCCAGCGACGGGAGACGCGCGAGUCGUCUCGCGACGACCUGAAGCGCAAGCGGUCCGGCGACGAGCGACCCACGCCCACCAGGAAGCGACGCUAG